UCUCGUAAAGUCUCAAAGUCCAGAGAGAGCCCUGGUCUUCAAACAACAGAGGAGGAUUUAUGAACAUAACUGCUGACUCGGCUGCAAACAAACGCUGGCAUACUCUUGAUUAAAUUUACCGUUCUGCACACAGAGAGAUCUAUUUCUUCAUCCCUGGUUCACUGUAAGGGAAUCUUUGUAACAGGAAGACUUAAUGAUUCUCCCCUGACCUACCAACUGUUGGUGUUUUACCACUUUGACGAGAAGUGUGAUGGCCCUUGAGUUUUGGUUUAUUGGUUUAUUGGUUUAUUGGUUUUAUGACUGUUCUGUGAUGUGGUGGUGUUGUUGGAGCAGCGAGCAGCACCUGAGCAGAGCAGCGAGCAGCACCUGAGCAGCGACCUACCGCUGGACGUGACGAUGGAGGGCUCAGACUAUGACUAUGACAGCUUGCUAAACCAAUCAGAUUUCGACUAUAACUGGACUGAUUGUUCAUAUGACUACGUCUCACUGUGCUCUCACCAGACCAACCAUUGGGUGGAGCGUGUGAUUGUUCCAUACAUCCACUCCAUCAUCUGCAUCCUGGGCCUCGUGGGGAACAUCCUGGUGAUCGUAACCUACGCCUUCUACAAGAGGACCAAGUCCAUGACGGACAUCUACCUGCUGAACGUGGCCGUCGCCGACCUGCUGUUCGUGGUGUCGCUGCCUGUGAUUGUCUACAGCGAGCUGUCGGCGUGGUCCCUGGGGCCCGUGGCGUGCAAGCUGCUGCGCGGCUCCUACAGCGUCAACCUGUACAGCGGCAUGCUGCUGCUCACCUGCAUCAGCACCGACCGCUACAUCGCCAUCGUCCAGCCGCGCCGCAGCUUCAGACUGCGCUCGCUGCGGUACAGCCGCCUCAUCUGCGCCGCCGUCUGGGUCGCCGCCUUCCUGCUGUCCGUCCCGUCCUUUUACUUUUACACCUCGUACGAGCCGUCCCACAGCAGGUACAUCUUCCUGUUAGAGGAGGACCCGAUCCAGAACCUCGAGCCGCCUCACUACGUCUGUGAGAUCAAGUUCCUGGACAUUGCCACGGCGUGGAAGACCAAGGUGGCGGUCCCCAGCACGCAGCUCGCCGUGGGCUUCUUCCUGCCGCUGCUCGUCAUGCUCUUCUGCUACACCGCCGUCAUCGUCACGCUGCUCAAGGCCAAAAACUUCCAGCGGCACAAGGCGGUGCGGGUGGUGAUGGUGGUGGUGGUGGUGUUUGUCACGUGUCAUCUCCCGUACAACGUCACGCUGCUCAUCGACACAGUCAACAUGUUCGGAGAGCCGUCGUGUGAAGAGUCGGACGCCUUGCUCACGGCCAAGACGCUGACGCAGACCGUUGCCUACCUGCACUGCUGCCUGAACCCCAUCCUGUACGCCUUCGUGGGGGUGAAGUUCAGGACCCACUUCAGGAGGAUCGUGCGGGACCUGUGGUGUCUGGGCAAGAGGUACAUUGCUCCACGCCGCUUCUCCAGGACCACCUCCGAUUACUUCAUGUCCACUCGCCGCACGGUGGACGUAGGCAGCGAGAACGGCUCGUCUUUCACCAUGUGAGGACGGGAGGUCUGACGGGAGCCUCUCUGUGAGGAGGUUCCUGGUUUGAAUCCCCGUCUGACGGGAGUCUCUCUGUGUGGAGGUU